AUGCAACAAGUAAAAGGCAAGUUGUUACAAUAUUUUGACCAUUCUUCACUUUCUUCUUGUUUCAUAGACGAUGACUUUUUUCAUGAACUCCCAGAAACGUUCCCAUCUGACCCACCUGAGCCUCUGCCACAUUUCCUUAUUGAGCCUGAAGAAGCAUAUAUCGUGAAGAAUAAGCCCGUGAACCUGUAUUGCAAAGCCAGCCCUGCCACCCAGAUCUACUUCAAGUGCAACAGUGAGUGGGUUCAUCAGAAGGACCACAUAGUAGAUGAGAGAGUAGACGAAACUUCCGGUCUCAUCGUCCGGGAAGUGAGCAUUGAGAUUUCGCGCCAGCAAGUGGAAGAACUCUUUGGACCUGAAGAUUACUGGUGCCAGUGCGUGGCCUGGAGCUCAGCGGGCACCACGAAGAGCCGGAAGGCGUAUGUGCGCAUCGCAUACCUACGGAAGACAUUUGAACAGGAACCCCUAGGAAAGGAAGUUUCCUUGGAACAGGAAGUGUUGCUCCAAUGUCGGCCCCCCGAAGGGGUCCCGGUGGCCGAGGUGGAAUGGCUGAAAAACGAAGACAUCAUCGAUCCCGUGGAAGAUCGGAAUUUUUAUAUUACUAUUGAUCACAACCUCAUCAUAAAGCAGGCCCGCCUCUCAGACACCGCAAAUUACACCUGUGUCGCCAAGAACAUUGUCGCCAAGAGGAAGAGCACAACGGCCACUGUCAUAGUCUACGUCAAUGGCGGCUGGUCCACGUGGACGGAGUGGUCUGUGUGCAACAGCCGUUGUGGACGGGGGUUCCAGAAACGUACAAGGACCUGCACCAACCCAGCCCCCCUCAAUGGCGGUGCCUUCUGCGAAGGGCAGAGUGUGCAGAAAAUAGCCUGUACUACCUUGUGCCCAGUGGAUGGCAGGUGGACGUCGUGGAGCAAGUGGUCUACUUGUGGGACAGAGUGCACCCACUGGCGCAGGAGAGAGUGCACAGCUCCAGCCCCCAAGAACGGAGGCAAGGACUGCGAUGGCCUCGUCUUGCAAUCCAAGAACUGCACGGAUGGGCUUUGCAUGCAAAGUUUCAUUUAUCCUAUUUCAACCGAACAGAGAACCCAGAAUGAAUAUGGAUUUUCUUCUGCUCCUGACUCGGAUGACGUUGCUCUCUACGUGGGAAUCGUCAUAGCCGUGAUGGUCUGUCUGGCCAUCACUGUGAUCGUGGCCCUGUUUGUGUAUCGGAAGAACCAUCGAGACUUUGAGUCCGAUAUCAUCGACUCUUCGGCGCUCAAUGGGGGCUUUCAGCCUGUGAACAUCAAGGCGGCAAGACAAGAUCUGCUGGCGGUGCCCCCAGACCUCACGACAGCCGCCGCCAUGUACAGAGGACCUGUCUACGCCCUGCACGACGUCUCGGACAAAAUCCCAAUGACCAACUCUCCCAUUCUGGACCCACUGCCCAACCUGAAAAUCAAAGUGUACAACACCUCGGGUGCGGUCACCCCCCAAGACGACCUCUCCGAGCUGACAUCCAAGCUGUCCCCUCAGAUGACCCAGUCGCUGUUGGAGAACGAAGCCCUCAACCUGAAGAACCACAGCCUCGCCAGGCAGACCGACCCCUCCUGUACCGCCUUUGGCUCCUUCAACUCCCUGGGCGGUCACCUCAUCGUCCCCAAUUCAGGAGUCAGUUUGCUGAUCCCCGCUGGGGCCAUUCCCCAAGGGAGAGUCUACGAAAUGUAUGUGACUGUACACAGGAAGGAAACUAUGAGGCCACCCAUGGAAGAGUGUCAGACACUCUUGACCCCGGUGGUGAGCUGCGGGCCCCCCGGAGCCCUGCUGACCCGCCCCGUCAUCGUCACCAUGCGCCACUGUGCGGACCCCAACACCGAGGACUGGAAGAUCCAGCUGAAGACCCAGGGGGCACAGGGACAGUGGGAGGACGUGGUGGUGGUCGGAGAGGAGAACUUCACCACCCCAUGCUACGUUCAGUUGGACGCGGAGGCCUGUCACAUCCUCACCGAGAGCCUCAGCACCUACACCCUGGUCGGGCAGGCCACCACCAAAGCCGCCGCCAAGCGCCUCAAGCUGGCCAUCUUCGGGCCCCUGUGCUGCUCCUCCCUGGAGUACAGCGUCCGUGUCUACUGCCUGGACGACACCCAGGAUGCCCUGAAGGAAGUUGUACAUCUUGAGAGACAGAUGGGAGGACAGCUCCUGGAAGAACCUAAGGCCCUUCAUUUUAAAGGUAGCACCCACAACCUGCGCCUGUCAAUUCACGACGUCGCCCAUUCCCUCUGGAAGAGCAAAUUGCUGGCCAAAUAUCAGGAAAUUCCUUUUUACCAAAUCUGGAGCGGCUCUCAGAGAAACCUGCACUGCACCUUCACCCUGGAAAGGUUCAGCCUCAACACGGUGGAGCUGGUCUGCAAACUGUGCGUGCGACAGGUGGAAGGGGAAGGGCAGAUCUUCCAGCUGAACUGCACCGUGUCGGAGGAACCUACUGGCGUCGAUUUGCCGCUGCUGGACCCUGCGAGCACCAUCACGACAGUCACCGGGCCGAGUGCUUUCAGCAUUCCUCUCCCCAUCCGGCAAAAGCUCUGCAGCAGCCUGGACGCCCCCCAGACCCGAGGCCACGACUGGAGGAUGCUGGCCCACAAGCUCAACCUGGACAGGUACUUGAAUUACUUCGCCACCAAAUCCAGCCCGACUGGCGUCAUCCUGGACCUCUGGGAGGCACAGAACUUCCCAGAUGGAAACCUGAGCAUGCUGGCGACCGUCUUGGAGGAAAUGGGAAGACAUGAAACGGUGGUGUCUUUAGCAGCAGAAGGCCAGUACUGACCCCUCUGGAACUGAGGACACACGCAUGCAGGGGACUCACAGCUGAGGAUGAGUCCGGACCAGACCAAUGAGCUUCACGAGCAAGAUCACAGCAGGAGACAGAAGGCAA